GGGGAGGGGGGUUUCCUUAGAAACGGCUGGAGCCGGCGGCAUGGGGGCGGCCAGCAUCCUCACACUCACCUUCAUCGGUCAGGGUAAGGAGCAGCGUCCGGAAUUAUCACCGGGCUCAGCAUGGGGAUCUGUCCCGGAGCUUUUGCGCAAAAUAUGGCAGAAAUUCCAAAACCAAAAAAAUACAUUUUUGCAACUGUUUCUGACUCCAUUUUAUUAACUGGAAAUAUCAAAGAAGUUAAAAAUGACCAAAUAAUCCAUUGGUCAUACAUUGACCGUUUACAAAAGUCACUAAUGUUAUUUCAUUCUGUUGGUGUUGAUUCUCCAACUUUAUCUCCAUAUUAUCAACAUCGUUGUACAUACUAUGCCAUCAAUGCUAGCUUGGAGCUGCGAAACUUGGAGAUUACUGACAGUGGUAUUUAUCAACUCAGUGUGGAACGAUAUUACACCGCUACACCGGACAAGAUGUUCAUUUACUCUGUAUUCCUCAAUGUUGAAGAAGCCUUGUCCACACCAUUGAUUGUUCAAGAUCCGGUCUACAUAACCAACAAUGUUCAGCUCACCUGCAUUGUGAAAAAGGGAAACCCAAAGAAGCUCUUAUGGCUGAGGGGGAAUAAGCCAAUUACAAACAGUUCACUGUAUAUCCUAGGAGAUAAGAACAGCACACUCAUCAUUUACAGCGCGGAAAAGGGACACUGUGGCUUUUACACGUGCGUAGCUGUUGACAGCACAAGUGAGCAGAAUAUUUCACACUUCCUCCUGAUUGAUGGUGUUCAAUUUCUGCAUAAACGCAUCCUCAUUACUUCUGUCAUUGCCUUGGUCAGUACAUCAAUGUCUCUCGCUGGAACUGCCUUCAUCAUUUUCUUUGCGUUACAGAAAUAUAAAACUCAGAAGUAUCAAAUGCGACUUACCGCUGCAUUUAUUGUCAUUAAAAUAAAGUCCUAUGUGUGUUUAAUGAUCUCUUCGAUAUAUUCUACCUUGGAUGGAGAUUUUUUAGUGGUGUUCAGAGUUAUCUCAGGGAUUGUCAUUAUUCUGCUGUUAGCGAUGACUGGCUACAUUGCUUUCCUCUACCUCAGUCCUUACAGGGAAGAAGUUAGUUCAUUUCUGGUCAUUAAACGUGAGCGUUACAUUAUGCUUGGAUCUGGAAUAUUCAAUGUAAUAAUUUCACCUCUACCAAUUUAUGGAGCAACUGAAAAUAUUAAAAUGUGCAUUUAUCCAUAUGGUGAUAUUGCUGUAACAAUCGUAUCUGCAGUGAUGAUUUACCUAUCCAUUGUGGGAAUGUGCUUUAUCUUUGCAGUAAAGAACAUGCAGACAUGGACACUUACAAGAAGAACAAGUCGACUUUGGUCAAAAUAAGAGCUUUGCCAGCUUCAGAAAUUUACACAGUUUCCAGACAAACACUUGCAUCCAGUUCACAGAGGAAGAAAAUGCUGAGCGUGUUGAAAUGGGAGAGCGAGAGAUGGUGGUGGCAACAACAGCAGUUAAUGCUGCAGGAUCUCUGUCAACUUCAGCUUUGGAAGUGAAGAAGUAAAGACUGUAAUUGGAUUCCAUGCACUGUCAUGCAAUCUUUCUCAAUGUUGAUUCUAGUUUAACUAAGUAAGAUUUUUCUCAAUUAGAUUAAAGAUUAAAGUUAUUGUCUUUAAAAAAUAAAAGUACACUAGACAGGAACUGAUAAGGAAAACAAAACACUGAAUGUUAGAGACAGUGUUUGCAUUUUAUAAAUAUAAUAUUGUUUGAUUUUUAGUGAAUUGUUAAAUAAAUAUUAACUG